AUGAAUUCACUGUGUCCCAGUUGUGACAAAAAACGGGGUUCUAUGAACAACACAAACUGGAUUCGGCAUAAGGAAUCUUGUCAUAAAAAGACUAAGACUCUUAAAAAAACUGCUUCCAGUAUAAUUUCAAAAUAUUUUAAUAAAAUUGAAGUAAUUGAACAACCACUUUUGGAUAAUGCGUUUAGUGAUACUGAGAAACUAUGCGAGCCUGUUGAUCAAAAUUGUAGAAAUUCUUAUGUAGAAGUAGUUCAGAAUAAUGAUGAACAUAUUGUUGAUAGUAACUUGCAUGAUAUAAAUGAUGAAGUGGACAAAACAAUAUCAAUUUCUAAUUUGAAAAAUAUUGACUUACAAAACUGUUUGUUUCCAAAUGAUCCUUUAGUCCUGGAUAAUGUGUUUAAUGAUACUGAGAAACUAUGUGAGCCUGUUGAUCAAGAUUGUAGUAAUUCUUAUGUAGAAGUAGUUCAGAAUAAUGAUGAACAUAUUGUUGAUAGUAACUUGCAUGAUAUAAAUGAUGAAGUGGACAAAACAAUAUCAAUUUCUAAUUUGAAAAAUAUUGACUUACAAAAUUGUUUGUUUCCAAAUGAUCCUAUUAGAAUUCCAUCUAAGCUCUCACAUGUUUUGCUUAAUUAUUUUUUUGAACAUGGAGCGUGCCAACCCAGUCCUUUUGAUUUACCUAAUAAAAUGUUUCCAAAAACAAAAGACUCAACAGGAAAGUUACGUUCAUUUCAUGAAUGUUACUAUUUUACAAAUAUUCCCACUAAACCAACUCCAAUUAAACGUCAAUGGCUGUCAUAUUCACCAACAGUGGACCAAAUAUUUUGUAUAACUUGCAAGCUAUUCAGUUUAAAAAAGGGUAAAAAUCGGAAUUUAGUGGACCAUGGAUCUAACAAUUGGAAACAUUUAAAAAGAACUAUUGAAAACCAUGAAUCCUCAACGGAACAUUUACAAGCAGAAAUAAGUUGUGGCAUUUAUACUAAAAAUCAACGUUUAGAUUUAACACUUUUACAUUCUGCUAAUCAACAAAUUGCUUCAAAUAGGGAAUUAUUGCGAGUGAUCAUAGAUGCACUUUUAUAUACUGCUCGCCAAAACAUAGCUCUUCGUGGACAUAAUGAAAAAAAAACUUCCCUUAACAGAGGGAAUUUUUUAGAGCUUUUAAGUGUAUUGAGUAAUAACCACGCUGGUUUAAAAAAUCAUUUAGAUCUAAUAAAUAUGUCUAAUACACGCCAAAGAGUAUCAUUUAUAUCUAACAGAAGCCAAAAUAAAUUAUUGAACAUUAUGUCUGAAUCAAUUCGUUCACAAAUAUUAAAAAAUGUUAAUGAUGCAGGAAUAUUUGCAGUAAUCAUUGAUACUACCACUGAUAUAGCUAAUUAUGAACAGUUAACAUUUGUUUUGAGAUAUGUGAACAAUAGUGGUAGUAUUGAAGAACGUUUGGUAGCUUUGGAAACCGCAGCUGAUGGAACCGGACAAGGGUUAUUUAAAAAAUUUUGCAGUAUAACUGAAAAGUAUAAUUUAAAUUGGCGUCAAAAUCUAUGUGCGCAGUCCUAUGAUGGUGCUGCAUCUAUGCAAGACAUAUAUUCUGGCCUUCGGACAUUAAUUCAAAAAGAAAAUCCCAACGCUAUAUAUGUAUGGUGCUUCGCACAUCUACUGAAUUUGGUUGUUGUAGAUACUUGUGAUUGUUGUGAAGUAACGAAACAUUUUUUUGGUGAAGUUCAAGCAUUAGUUUCAUUUUUUCGGGCAAGAAAAAGAACUGCCACUUUCAUCGAAUGUCAACAGCAGUUAUAUCCAGGUGAUAGAACACGCCGGCUUAAAUGCUUUUCCGACACUAGGUGGACUUCACAUGGAAGGGUUAUAACUGUUCUAUUUGAAAGAUUUGGAGCAAUAUUAGAAACAUUAAAAAGGUUAGUAAAUGACAAUGAUAGAGUAACUUCAUCGGGUGCUAAAAGUCUUUUAACAGUAAUCACAUUUGAAUUUAUACUUACAAUGAUCUUAAAUAAAAAUAUAUUUGCAAUAACCACACCUUUAUCCAAUUACUUACAAAGUAAAUCCAUAGAUUUUAUUCAGGCAUUAAAUUUGGUUGAUGCAUCUAAAGAAAAAUUAACUUCUAUGCGCUGUGAUGAAGAAUUUGAACUAACAGUAAAUGAAGCAAAACGUUUUGCUGAAAACACACAACAUGUCAGAGUUAAAUUUAGUGGUGCCAGAGAAAUACUUAAAGAUUUAUCUCUUUUGUCUCCUGAACGACUGAUGAAUAUGAAAAAAGACAAUAAAUCUAUUCCAGAAGAUAGUUUCCAUAAUAUAUCAAAUUGGUUAAAAGAUAUUAACGGAAAUGAUUUGAAACGUGAAUACAUUAUGUUUAGUCAUAGUUUAAGUGAUCUCGUUUCAGGAUUAGAAACACCAUUAUUGUUACACAAGCCAGGUGGCCCAGAUGAUACAUAUGAUACGGAUUCAAGUGACAAUACUAACACUGAUGAUGAGAACAACACAGGUCUAGCAAAUCCGGAAACCAAAAUUACAAUCAAUACAAUUUUGCAUGUACUAUCUAAUUAUAAUUUGAUGUCAGCUUUCCCAAACUUAUACUUGGCAUAUAAAGCGCUUGGGACUAUACCUGCUACUUCGGCGUCAGCAGAACGUACCUUUUCUAAGGUGAAGUUAAUCAAAACCAGAUUAAGAUCCACUAUUGAUCAAAAUAGACUGGAAAGUUUGAUGUUAAUCAGUUGUGAGAAAGACAUACAAAUUAACUAUAAUGAAGUUAUUGACACAUUUGGAUUAUCAUCACAGGUUUUAAAGGAUGCAUUGAUGUUCAAAUAA